UUACUAUCCACGAUGAGGUCAGUCAUGUUUGUGCAUUAUCAGUGAUAUAAAAGGGCGUUCGUGACCGGCAGGACCAUUAAAUCUGUUCAUCACACUUCAGCGACAUGAUCGCCAUCCUGAUACCAUUCUUCCUGGUCGCACAAGUACCAGUUGAUGAAAAUGCCUGGAAGUUUGGGCCAGAAUACACGUUUCAAGUAAAUGCAAAUUUGACUGCCAACUCUGAAAAUGAGGUGGGACUAACAUCUAAUACCACAGCUCUUCUUCGAUGCAGACCUAAAGACACAAAUGCAUUGAGUUGCCAUCUCGAAAAUCCAGAAUGUUUCAAAAGUACCUAUGAUAAGACUCAAGGAAUCAAUUCUACAGAAAUUAGGAGGCACCCAUUAAGUCUAGAUCAAUUCGAAAUCAACUUUAAUAGUACAGGUGUGAAUAGUAUCGUGGUUCCAAAAAACAUAUCAAUUUUGAAUUUGAAUAUAAUCAAGUCCUUUGUAAAUCUACUAAGUAUUGGGGCCAAUUUGAGCGAGAAACAGAAUCAGGCAGAAUUUGAAGCUAAGGAAAAUUCAACCAUUGGGGAGUGUAAGGUCAAUUUCAAGAUAACUCAUAAAUCAAAGGAACAGAGUGCACGUAAGGACAGUCCAUUUGUCUUGGACAUUCUACCCCUGCCUGAUAAAGUUUCCAAAGGCAGUGUCGAAAUUGAGAAGAUUCGAAAACUAAAGGACUGUACGAACUUCGUCAAUUAUUUGUGGGGCAAUUUCGGAGACGACAAGGCAAAUUCCACUGAGGUUGGCAUUGACACGCAACUCGAUUCAGUCAUUGUCCGAAUAAACAUAACUGACAGGAGUUUCUGUGCACAUACCAACACUGAGGCCAUCAAAGGUUUGGAUUCUAAAAAACGAAAGUUCAAAGUUCUCGAAAAAAUAAGCCUCACCUUAAAAGCCAUUGAAGCUGCUAAGGAUAAGUUACCUGGAAUUUCUAAUCCUGGAACGACGCCAAUUCUUACAAAAAUCAAUGUCCAAGAAGCUAAAGCAUAACAUUAAACAAUAAAGUCUGACAAAAAUCAUAUCAUAAACUAAAAAUAUGUGAGAUUCGAAAAAUUCUCUUUUGGAAACUUACACGACGUUCGCCAUAAUUUUAUAAUAAAUAUUAUAAUGAUCAUAAAACUCUUUAUUAGAAAAAUACUAACAUCUUUUUUAGAUUUAUUUCUCUGUUCUGUACGUUUGUGAGAUAAGAAAUGUACCUAAGUAUGCCCUAAAUGUGAAUAAAUCAAUAAAAGAUCA